AUGGCCGCCGCCUGCCGCAUCGGAGCCCGGCUCCAGCCCGGACGCCGCCUUCUUGUCGGGGCUCCGCUGCUUCGCGUCGCCCUCUACCUCCUGUGUUGGGCGCCGGCGGCUGUGGGCGCCGUCCCGGAGCCCGGGCUCUGGGCAGCGACGGUCAACGACAAAUCAGGACCUUUGAUAUUUAGAAAAACUAUGUUUAACUCUACUGAAAUCAGGUUUUCUGUUAAGUCAUUCAGUUGUUCUGGGCCUGUGAAGUUUGCCAUAGAGUGGCAUUUGAAGCAUUAUACCUGUCAAAAUGAAUAUUCUAAGCUGGAGGAGGAGCUAUCACAAAAACAGGAUCCUAGUGUUGAUGAAGACUUUUGUGGCCAUUAUUUCAAGAACAUUGAAUGUUGGACAACAAAAUAUGAAAACUUAGACUGCAACAGUGACUUGCAGGUGUUUCCCUCACUGACUAAUCAGGAACUAAUUACAAAUACCAGAAAUGUUUCAAACCAGGAAAGAUCAACAGAUGUUGUAGCGAGAACACAGAGAGAUGGGUUUCAUAUCUUUAUUGUUUCUAUCAAAACGGAAAAAACAGAUGCAAGAUGGAAUUUGAAUGUUUCUCUUUCUAUGAUUGGGCCUCAUGGAUAUAUUUCUGCAUCAGAUUGGCCUCUGAUGAUUUUUUACAUGGUGAUGUGUAUCGUUUAUAUUUUAUAUGGCGUACUCUGGCUGAUGUGGUCUGCCUGUUAUUGGAAAGAUAUAUUAAGAAUUCAGUUCUGGAUCGCAGCUGUUAUUUUCCUGGGAAUGCUUGAAAAAGCAGUUUUUUAUUCUGAAUAUCAAAACAUCAGCAGCACUGGGCUAUCAACCCAAGGUUUAUUGAUAUUUGCAGAGUUGAUAUCUGCAGUUAAAAGGACAUUGGCUCGCCUCCUCGUGAUCAUUGUGAGUCUGGGCUACGGCAUUGUGAAGCCCCGUUUAGGAACAGUCAUGCACCGGGUGGUCGGACUGGGGAUUCUUUACUUUAUCUUCGCAGCUAUUGAAGGCGUGAUGCGAGUUAUUGGGGGUUCUAACCAUUUAGCUGUUCUUUUUGGUGACAUUAUUUUGGCAGUUAUUGACUCCAUUUUUGUAUGGUUCAUAUUUAUAAGUUUGGCACAAACUAUGAAGACUCUAAGACUAAGAAAGAACACAGUGAAAUUUUCUUUAUACAGGCACUUUACAAAUACUCUGAUCUUUGCCGUACUGGCUUCUAUAGUGUUUAUGGUGUGGACGACCAAGACAUUUAGAAUUGCAAAAUGUCAAUCAGAUUGGAUGGAACGCUGGGUUGAUGAUGCGUUUUGGAGCUUCCUUUUUUCACUUAUCCUUAUUGUAAUAAUGUUUUUGUGGAGACCGUCAGCAAACAAUCAGAGAUAUGCCUUCAUGCCGUUAAUCGAUGAUUCUGAUGAUGAAAUUGAAGAAUUUAUGGUACCAUCUGAAAACUUAACUGAAGGAAUAAAAUUAAGAGUCUCAAAAACGGUUUCCAACGGAACAGCUAAACCUGCUACUUCUGAUAAUUUUGAUGAAGAUUUGAAGUGGGUAGAAGAAAAUAUUCCCUCCUCAUUCACAGAUGUGGCUCUUCCAGUGUUAGUGGAUUCAGACGAGGAAAUCAUGACCAGAUCUGAAAUGGCAGAAAAAAUGUUCUCGUCAGAAAAGAUAAUGUGAUUGAAACCCAUAGAAGUGACACCUAGUUAACGGUGAAGGCCUUCCUCAAGACUGAAAGCGGGCUUUGUUUUGAUGGAGUACAACAAGAUUUCAUUGCAUUAUCUUGGAAAUCUGUGUAUUACAACUAAGAAUUCAGGUGGUAUGAGGGUUCCACGACCAUUUUAAGCUGCUCUGGAAUGUCGGCUUCAUGUCCAUCAAAUUGCCUGGAUUUGGAAAUAAUGUAAGAAAAGUAUUAUGAUUAAAAAAAUAUCCCCAAAUCCCCUUAGCUGAGUGGUAAUAGGGACGUGGAUUUGGGUUUUCUCUUUUCUCUGGAAAAUAUGACGAUUCCAGACUUAAAAAUAUUUUUUACAUAAACACUCCUACUGUCACUAACCUUUGAGGUAGAUGAUGUGAUUCUUCUGUAGCAAAGCAGCGUCUCCAUCUCUUGGGUGUAUAGUUACUAGAUGCAAUAAUAAUUUUCUUUGACUUUUAUACUGAAGUGAUUUGAAAUUAAGUACAAUUUGGUUAGCCUUAGAACAUGAGGAUGUUUAUAUGGUUAGCUUUGGUGUGUGUGUGUACGUAUACAUACGGGUCCACACAAAGUCCUUGUUUGUGAAUAUCACCAUGCACACCAAAUCAGAGUUGGGUCCUCUCUGAGCUCAGGGGAACACAAGUACACAGGAAAGAGGUCUUGAUCACUUCCAAGGAUUUGCUCUGUCAUUGUCCCCUCAGGCCAUAUGUGCACGUGCUGCUGCGGAAUCUGUCUGGGGCAGGUGCUAGACAUGUGGCCAUAUUGCAGUUCCUCUCUGGCAAGCUGGGGGGCUCACUACCAGUGACCCUUGUAGAUGCUAGAACACCCUUUACAUAAUCUUGGUUUAUUCGGUUUCAUAAUGAAACAUGUAUUUACCUGCACAGUAUGUCACUAUUAAUCUUGUAAUAAUUCCUUAACCUUUAAUCAUGUUUUAUACAUCACUUUGUUACAUUAUGUAUGUAAUAUAUGAUUUGAGAAUUUUUUGUUUUAAUAUUUUUUUAAGUGCAGAACAUUCUAAACUUGAAAAGUAGUUGAAUGUAGAAUGUUGGAAAUGUGAAUGUUUUGCUGCUUUCAUGACCAAAGAUACAGGGCUAGUGGACAUUUAGAAUAGGAAUAAAAGUUAGAAUCUUGUAGCUCUUUUUUGAAUUGAGAAUAACUUCAGAGAAUUUUGAUUGAGAAGCAUUUAAAGUCUUAACCAGUACAAAUAUUUAAGUAUAACUGUUAAUUUAUUUUCAUUGUGAAGCUACAAAACAGAAGUUUUUCUUCCAAACCUGCCUUUUCGAUUUAUUUCUCAUUUACUCAUGUAAUAGGAGUUAGCAAAAAAAAAAAAAAAUCUAGCAAUAACGUGUCUUGAAAGAUACUUUCAAAUUUAUUUUUGGUAGGGAACAUUGAACGGUUUGGGCAUCCUUCCUAGGAAAAGAAUGUCAGUAAGAUGGGAUCCAUUCUGGUUUUGGUGUAUUUUACCCUGGGCCCAGUUGUUGCAGAGCUGGAGGUGACCCUGCCUUCUCAUUCCUAACAUUUUUCUCUACUACCACCCGGAUUUUGAGGCAGACCCCCAACUCGUCAUGGCUCCAGCUGAAGUUUGAAAUAUAGGGUCCCGGGCUUCUAGCCUGUAGGGGCUGCAGAUGUAGUGGGGCAGACGUUGGGGGGGGGGGGUCAAUGGUGAGCCUAUAGAAACAUCUCUUUCCGCAGGGAAAGAUAAAGGAUGUGAUGUGUGUAGCUCAGCUCCAGGCUGAAACGCAGACUUUUCUCAUCUUCCAGAGUAAGCAGGAUUCCCUUCUGAUAACCUUGUCAGAAAUGUUUUUUUUCAAAGGACAUGUAUGGUAUCUGUCACUUUCAGUGAUGAUUGUGUCCUCAGGUGAUGUCUCUUGACCUGAACUGAGUAUGCCUGUGGAAGGUCCUCUUAGCCGCCUCACAGAAAUAGGAGGGGGUGUCCUCGGGCUGUAGCUGUGCUUCCUCUGAAGGUCACUGGGGAAAAGGGAUACCCAGGGCCGUUGUCCAGCUUAUUAUCCCAGCUGCUGCACGAAGUGUCCAGAAACUGGUCCUUAGAGCUUUUGAGUUUAUCAGAUCAGUUUGUUCUUGGGUUGCCAUCAAGAUGGGUCUCACUGUAAAUGAAGGAAUCUGAGAAGAGUCCAGUUUUAUGUGUUUCUAGAGAAAAUGCUCAAGUGUUCUUAUGCAAGUCAUGUUAGAUUUAUAUGAUGUGUGAAAUCUGCUUACAAGGAAAUUUUCAUGAUUUGUGUUAGAUUAGCAUUUAAUUGCUUUAAAGGAUACUUAAUUUAUUUCAAAAAUAAGGAAAAAUAGAGGAAUCGGUGUGAAUUUUUUAAGACUGAGAGAUGAUGUUCCUUUACUUUUCCUAUAAAGAAGAUAAUUUUUAAAUCUUUCAUAUCCUAUAGAGAAAACCAACUUUUCCUCUGUGAUACAGUACAUUAUGUUUGCACUACUAUAAUGUCAAGACUGAACGUAUAAAAAAUGUACAUAUAAGAUUAAUUUUUAUAUCUUUUUUUUUAAAGGGGUUUGAGGUGCCUGCCUGGCUCAUUCAGUAAAACAUACGACUCUUGAUCUUGGGAUCAUGAGUUCAAGCCCCACGUUAGGGGUAGAGUUUACUUUAAAAAUAAAUAAAAGGGGUUGAGUCUAUUGCACUAAGCUAUACAUGACUAAUUUAAAGUGGAGAGAUGUUAUGCUAGAUUUAAAAAAAUAACUAGUUUUCUUAAUGUGUCUUUGUAUGAUCAACAGCAUGCCAUAAGCAAUACAAAACACCAAGCCUUAUACUUACAAGAAAAAAGGUUAACAUACUGGUAAAGUUCUAAACAUAUGAAAUGUACAUAAGUGACAAAGGUAGGAUUUUAAGGAAAUGUCAGUAUAUAGAGAAGCUCUGUACUGCAUUAAGGAACUUCUUUAGAACUAGGAAAGCAUUCCUGUGUUUGAGGAGAAAAUUUAGGGGUUUGAAAAGUUAUAUUUUUCUAUUUAAAAGGGUUAAAUUAUUGCAUAAUUUGGAAAAGGUUGCCUUGAAUGUAGGACAAAACUGUUUCAAAGAUUUUUGUUUGAAAAGUUUAUGUAUUUUUGUGCCUUAAUAUUUGUUCUGACUUUUAAUAAAAUGCUUUCUGAAA